UACAAAUUACAAAUACUGACGAAGGUUGCUGCAGAGCUGAGCAAGUACAUGCCAGAGAAAGCAGCAGAGGACACCUCCAGCAUAUUGAGAUCUCCCAUGCCUGGAGCAGUGGUGGCAGUUUCUGUCAAGCCUGGGGACACGGUUUCAGAAGGUCAAGAGAUUUGUGUAAUUGAAGCAAUGAAAAUGCAGAACAGUAUGAUUGCUGCUAAAACAGGCAAGGUGAAAGCUGUGCACUGCAAAGCUGGUGACACCGUUGGAGAAGGAGAUCUGCUGGUGGAACUGGAAUGAAGGGUUCCCUCCACGCUGUCAAAUUAGCUAAACCUUUAUUAUUUUCAUCCAAGAAGCAAGAUUAAGGCAACUCGACAGAGAAGAUGGACAAUUCUAUGCGCAAGUUUUUACACAGUCAUAUUUAUUGUAUCAGUGGUUAAGACAGCAAACACAGAUGUUAAACCUUGGCAACAGAUCCCAGAUUUUUACUUCCAGAAAUAUUUGUACAUAACCUUUGUAAUUCUUUGAUUUUUCAGUUUCAAAUAAAAUCAAUAAAAUACCAUUUCUGCUUUAAAA